UACUUUAACUUUUUCUGUUCUUUCUAGGAAGCAAUUGAAAAGAAAGAACAGCGAGCCAAGCGCUUCCAUUUUCGAUCAGAAGUAAACCUUGCCCAAAGAAAUGUAGCCUUGGACCGAGACAUGAUGAAGAAAGCAAUCCCCAAAGUGAGACUGGAGACAAUCUAUAUUUGCGGAGUAGAUGAGAUGAGCACCCAAGAUGUCUUUUCCUAUUUUAAAGAAUAUCCUCCAGCUCACAUCGAAUGGUUGGAUGAUACCUCCUGUAAUGUAGUUUGGCUGGAUGAAAUGACAGCUACACGAGCCCUUAUCAAUAUGAGCUCUCUGCUUGCACAGGAUAAGAUAAGAAGCAGGGAUGCCAGUGAGGACAAGUCAUCUGAGAAAAAUAAAAAAGACAAGCAGGAAGACAGUUCAGAGGAUGAUGAAGCUGAAGAAGGAGAGGUUGAAGACGAGAACACAAGUGACGUAGAGUUGGACACGUUGUCUCAGGUAGAAGAGGAGUCUUUGUUAAGAAAUGAUCUUCGUCCAGCUAACAAACUUGCUAAAGGAAAUAGGUUAUUCAUGAGAUUUGCUACAAAAGAUGACAAAAAGGAACUUGGAGCAGCCAGAAGAAGUCAAUAUUACAUGAAAUACGGGAAUCCAAAUUACGGAGGCAUGAAAGGAAUUCUUAGCAAUUCAUGGAAUCGAAAAUAUCAUUCCCGUCGUAUUCAGCGGGACGUGAUCAAGAAGAGAGCCCUGAUUGGGGAUGACGUUGGCUUGACGUAGUAUAAACAUCGGCAUUCUGGACUAGUGAAUGUACCUGAGGAACCCAUUGAAGAGGAGGAGGAGGAGGAGGAGGAGGAGGAGGAAGAAGACCAGGACAUGGAUGCAGAUGACAGAGUGGUGGUAGAGUACCACGAGGAGCUCCCAGCUCUCAAGCAGUCCAAAGAGCGGAGCACGUCCAGACGGUCCAGUGCCAGCAGCUCAGACUCAGAUGAAAUGGACUAUGAUCUGGAACUGAAAAUGAUUUCCACUCCUUCCCCAAAGAAGAGCAUGAAAAUGACUAUGUAUGCUGAUGAAGUGGAAUCUCAGUUGAAAAACAUUAGGAACUCCAUGAGGGCAGAUAGUGUAUCUUCAAGCAAUAUCAAAAACCGAAUUGGUAACAAACCGCCACCUGAGAAAUUUGCAGAUGUCCGAGAUCUAUUAGAUGAAAAACGCCAGCACUCGCGUCCACAGCCACCAGUCAGCAAUACUAAAUCAGAUAUACGCCAGCGGUUAGGAAAAAGACCAUAUUCUCCAGAAAAGGCUUUUAGUAGUAACGCAGUGGUUCGGAGAGAGCCCUCUUCUGAUGUUCAUAGUAGACUAGGUGUUCCUAGGCAAGAUAUUAAAGGCCUCUACGCCGAUACUCGGGAGAAGAAAUCAGGUAAUUUAUGGACUCGCUUAGGAUCUGCACCCAAGACCAAAGAAAAGAGUACGAAGAAAGGAGAUCACAGGGCACCUGGUGCUGAGGAAGAUAACUCCGAGCUGCAAAGGGCGUGGGGGGCUCUGAUUAAGGAGAAAGAGCAGUCUCGCCAAAAGAAGAGCCGGUUAGAUAACUUACCAUCUCUCCAGAUUGAAGUUAGUCGGGAAAGCAGCUCUGGUUCAGAGGCAGAGUCCUGAUGCCCCCGGGGCCUGUGGCAGCUGCCCUAAAGCCUGACAUUCGGGCAUGGGGUGGGGCGCAGUAGCAACCUCCCCCACAGGAGCUGGCGCCCUCUCUCUCCUGCUCACACAGUCACCCUCAGCUUUUGCUACCUUGGCAAGGCAUCUUAAGAAUGUGACAAGUUUUCAAGGGCGUCUCUAUCUCGCUGCAGAGUUGUAGUUCUGGGCCCUCGAUUAUUUUCCCACCACCCCACAGGCUUUACCCUUUGAGAAAAAGGCAGCCCUCCAGAUUUUGUAGACAUUUUUCUUAAUUUUUUUUAACAUUGUGUCUUUUAAAAUAAAUGUUUUACACAGUUCAUCCAAAGAGCAGAGAACUGAACUUCUCACUAUUGCCUUGGCCCUGACAGCUGUUACCAGCACCCUUUCCCCAAGAAAAGUCAAUUCCCAGGUGCUUAUUGGACAUCCUUCGAGGGGGAAGAUGAGGGAAGCGGCCAGCUCACCCUUCCGGGGCCCUAGUCUGGGGGCGAAUCUCAUGGACCUGACCUCAGAGGUACACCAGUGCCGCCAGGUAGAUAAUAGAUGCAGCAUUGAUUGUGCUUCUGUUCUACCCUCGGGAUUGCUCAUGUUGCAAGCCUCUUACUUGCUGUCAGCCUGAUGUGAAGAUCAAGUUCAGUGCUGUGGGAUUUUUAGGAACAAAAACCUGUGACUUCUGGAUUUGGGGUUGAUUUUUGUGCUAGGGGUGGGAUUAUGGGUUAAUGUUGAACAAUUUCUAAGUCUGUAUUAUGUUUAAAACAUGAAUGAUUUAAAAGUUUAAAUUUUUAAUUUUUAUAUGUGGAAAUUCUUCCUGUUGGCUAAAGGGGAAGCUCAAGUGGUAUCUUCUUUUGUGCUGUUAAAUAUAUAUUCUAUUCUUUG